CCACGUUACUGCCUGUACAGUAGGGUGUCGAAUAUCAAGUUAAUACACACCGAUAGAAACUCGCUCGCUGCGAAGCGUCGCAGGCGUUGUAUCAUGACAGCGUUGCAAUGCACUGAUGGUACCCCAGUGAAGGAAAUACACUAAAAAGAGACGCUCACCUUCAGGCCUACCGGAGUGCACCUUCCCAAUGGCAGCCAGCAGCUUCUUCCUGAUCACUUCCUUCACCAUAGUUGUGUUCCUCGCCAUGACAAUUCAGUGCCAAGGGAGGCUGAAGCUGACUGUGCUAUCGGAAGACCGCCUGCAGAUGAAGUGGAAGGAGGCGGAGGGACCAGUUCAGGGCUACAGGGUCCGAGUGAAGCCGCUAUCAGCUGAGACAGAGCACGAGAUGAUGCUGACGACCAGCAGCGCAAAGGCCACUGUGGCCGGCCUCGUCGCCGCGCAGGAGUACACGCUGCAGAUAUUCCUGCUCAACGGCACCCAGGAGCGCCUCUUUGCCAAGCGCAGCUUCACCAUUGACAGGCUGAGAGAGGAGUCCAGAAACCGCAGUGAAGCCCGAGACACAAGAAGAAAGGGGCUUGGUGGCUCUGGAGGCUCAACAGCAGUCAACUCCACGCAAGUCCUGCAGUCCACUGCUACCGCUGUCAGGGAGUCCUCAGAGGCAGCCAGCGCAGAUGACGGACCUGUGAGGAAGCGCUCCAAGGGCGGGAAGAAGGAUCGCUCUCGAACCCCCGACGCCGGAGAGAAGCAGAGCCAUCAACAAGCGGAGAAGGAGAACUCCCGCAAAGACGCGCCAGCAAAGACAGUGCCUACCCGCCCCGAGACAGGUGUGGUCUCCAUGUUGGAGCACCUUUCCUAUGCAAAGAAAACAUUUUUCUGUGAGACCACAGCCCCAGCAGACGUUGUUCUGCUGGUCGAUGGCUCCUGGAGUAUCGGACGGACAAAUUUCAAACGGGUGCGAGACUUUUUAGAAAACCUCAUCACACCAUUCAACAUUGCCAGUGACAAAACAAGGAUAGCACUGUCUCAGUACAGUGGAGAUCCACGCACAGAGUGGAACCUGAAUAACUUCACCACCAAAGACCAGCUGGUCGAGGCUGUGAGGAACUUCCGAUACAAAGGAGGAAACACUUUCACAGGUCAGGCUUUGAUGCACGUCCUGAAAGAGAAUCUUCAGGUGGGAUCUGGAGCCCGGCUGGACUCUGCUAAGUUUGUCGUUCUGCUCACUGAUGGCAAGUCCCAGGACGAUGCCAUCUUUGCGGCUAGGACGCUGAAGCAAGCUGGGGUUGAGAUCAUCACCGUGGGGGUGAAGAACGCAGACGAGGCUGAGCUGAAGCAGAUCGCCUCGGAGCCCGUUGAGCUCAAUGUCUUCAAUGUGAACGACUUCCCUCUUCUCCGAAAGCUGGUGGACAAGCUGAGCCGCACUCUGUGUCUGAGGAUCGAGGACAAAAGCAAAGCAAAGGUGACGGAGAAACCUACCCAGGCUGCAGAAGAGACUUUUCCUGGGCCCACAAACCUGCUCUUCUCCGAAGUGAAGUCUCGGGAGUUCAGGAUGAGCUGGAGUCCACCGUCCAGGCCAGUGCACAAAUACAGAGUCGUCUAUCACAGUGCAGAAGGAGAGAACCCGCAGGAGGUGGUGCUGAAUGGCACAGUGUCCAGUGUCCUGCUGGAGGGCCUGUCCUCUCAGACAGAGUAUCACAUCUCAAUCUUCCCCGUUUACGACAACAGCGUUGGCAGUGGCCUUCGUGGAUCGGUGACAACAUUGCCACUGGUGCCUCCGCAGUACCUGCAGAUCUACUCCACAUCUCACAACAGCCUGCGGGUGCGCUGGCAGCCGGCUCAGGGCGCCACUCAGUACAUGGUGCUCUAUUCCGCACUGGCUGAUGGAGAGCCUGAUGAUGCCAAAGAGGUGAAGUUCGGUGCAGAACAGACAGAUGUUGAGAUUUCUGGCCUGCAGCCUUCGACAGACUACUCUAUAACUCUGUAUGCCCUUUAUAACGAGGACCCCAGCGAUCCCAUCACUGCCAUGGCAGCAACACAGCCACUCAGCCCCCCUGUGAAGCUACUCUUCCCCCAGGUCAGCCACAGCUCCAUCAGAGUGAGCUGGGUGCCUGCUUCAGACAGGGUGCCUGGGCACCAGCUCACCUACAGCACCAAUCACGGCAGUGAUGUCAAACAAGUGGACGUUUCGGGCACAACUGCCCUCCUCCUCAGGAACCUCUCCUCGUUGUCUAACUACGUGGUGGCUGUGCGCUCAGUGUAUGAAGAGGGGCUUUCCAUGCCGAUCACUGGCAACAUCACCACCUUGAGAGUGCCCUCGCCCUCUGAGCUGAGGGUCGUCGGCUUCACUGGCAGCGACAUCAAGGUGCAGUGGAAGCCGGCGGCCGAUGAUGUCAUCUCCUACCUGCUCAAGUGGAUCUCUCUCAGCGGGGGGAAACUGAACCAGCUUGUGGUGGGCGGGGGCAGCGAGUCGGCGGUGCUGGAGGCUGUGGAGGCGAAUGCCGAGUACCAGAUCUCCCUGUCCGCGCUGUACGCCGACGGGGCGCAGAGCGAGGCGGUGGCCACCCGCUACAGCACCUUUUCUGGAGGUGGUCCUUCCAAUGUUGUAAUAGAGGGGGAGACAGUGAACAGCCUGUUGGUGAGAUGGGAACACCCCAAUGCUCAUGUUUCUGAGUACCACGUGGUCUAUACUGCAAUGAAAGGAGAACCCAUUGAAGAGACCCUGUCUGUCCCUGGGAAAGAGAACAGUGUUCGACUCAGGUCGCUGCUCCCAGACACCAAAUACAGUGUUCUGGUCACUGCCAUGUACAGGAACAGAGAGGGAGGGAGUGCCUCAGCACACGGGAAAACAUCGAGCUUGCGAGUCAGCAGUCUGAACGUCUAUAAGUCAGAGCAAUCCAGCCUCUGCGUUUCCUGGAAGCCCCACGGCGCUGCUACUGGAUACAGAAUAGUUAUCCAGUCUCUGAAAGACAAGACGAUGGAGGAGCAGAAACUGGACAGCUCGUCCAGCAGCCACUGCUUCACCGGCCUGCGGCCUGAGGAGGUGUACCAGAUCAGUGUGUACACCCAGGUCCAACAGGUGGAGGGCACGCCGGUCACCGUGCUGCACUUCACAGCCACUGGACCCUCUGGACCUGUGAAACUGGCUCCCCCGUCCAGGUCCUCUCCUCGUCCGAAUGAAGUGUGCCCUGAGGUGACCAUUAGAAAUACAUUUCUAAAAGGGUUCGAUAUGAUGGAGGCCUUUGGUCUGACCAGCAGUGCAUACUCCUCUGUAGAAGGGGUGUUUGCUGAGCCCUUUGUGUUCAACACUCUGCCCUCUUACAGCAUCUUCAGAGAUGUCCAGCUGACACAGAGCACCAGCUUUAUCCACCCUGCAGGCUUUCCUCCUGAACACACCAUCAGCUUCACACUCAGGCUCCUUCAGGACACCCCGAAAGAGCCCUUCGCUGUGUGGCAGCUGACAGACGAGGAUUUCCAGCCCAAGAUCGGGGUCAUCCUAGACCCCGAGAGAAAAAUCAUCCAGUAUUUCAGCUUGGACUUCAGAGGCGAUAUUCAGGAAGUGAACUUUGACCAGGCCCAAGUUCGCAAGCUGUUUUAUGGCAGCUUCCACAAGGUUCACCUGGCUGUGAGUCCAUUCAGUGUCAGCCUGUAUAUUGAUUGCCAACCUGUCGCUGAGAGCCCAGCUAACUCUCUGGGCACAAUACCCACCAAUGGCUUUGAGAUGCUGGGCAAACUGGUAAAGAGCAGAGGACCACACAGUGGAUCUGCGCCGUUUCAGCUGCAGACUUUUGAGAUCAUCUGUAACACCUCCUGGGCAUCUGAGGAUACCUGCUGUGAUAUCCCAGCUAAGAGGGAUGAGGAGGGCUGCCCACCACCUGCCUAUGCUUGUACCUGCACCUCCAAUAUCCCAGGAUCCCCUGGGCCUCCAGGUCCACCAGGCAAACCUGGGCCCAGGGGUGAGAGAGGUGAGAAAGGCGAACAGGGGCUGAAGGGAGAGGCAGGACCUCCAGGGAAGUUGGGAUCAAGGGGGACAAGCGGCCCCCUGGGGGCCCGGGGACCCAGGGGGAUGACGGUUCGAGGAAGAGCGGGACCUCCUGGUGAAAGAGGGGAAAAGGGAGACAUUGGAAAGCCUGGACUCCAGGGAUUGCCUGGCCCUCCAGGUCCUAAAGGGAGGGAGGGGUUCGCAGGCCCUAAGGGAAUCAGAGGGGCCGAGGGCAGUCCAGGAUCCCCUGGCCCUUCUGGCCCGAGAGGAUUCCAGGGCAUGCCAGGUAUCCCAGGUGUAGUGGGAGAGAGGGGCCACCCAGGGCAGGUGGGGCCCACGGUAAGCACUGGACCGCACAACUGGGACACUUCCAUCCUGGGCCCAAGAUGUGAUACAGGUCAGACCAGAGCCACACUGGCUCAUCGGGCCAGAGUUCACCCUGGUCACCACUGGGCGGGGCUCUAGUGCCGCACAGGGAUGAAGCCCCUCCAGCAAUGCUGGUACUCAUUUAUACAGCUGGGCAGACUGGAGCAACUGGGCACUUUAUUCAGGGGUACGGCAAAUCCUUGAGAUCUCUGCCCUUACCAUUGGGUAAAUAGAAGACUCCUCUCCCAAGAAACUGCUGUCUAAUACAGUGAUAGUACAGUAAUUUGUAGCUGGUAGGCAAGUCAAAGUUUUGAUUUAAUCUGGGUCUAAGCGCCUCUUCCUGAAAAGAAGGAGGCAUCAAUCAGAGAGAGUGUUCUGGUAAAUUACCGAUGAAGCUGACUCCUCUGGGUCAUUUAAGAAAGGAUUUUACAAAAGAUACUUCAAUCAAACAGCAGCUAGAAACCAGUUUAGGAGCAUGGGCCAAAUUGCCUUUAUGUGUUUUUAAGCCUCCCCAUGCUCUUAGAUCCUGGGACAAGAGAAAAACAGCAAAGGGCCCAUGAAAUGCAUGUGUUUU